GGAAGGGGGGGAGAGCAGGCCGCCAGGCCGCUGUUUGUUGUCAUCCCAAGAUGGAGUUUCUGCUGGGGAACCCCUUCAGCACCCCGGUGGGGCAGAGCCUCGAAAAGGCCACAGAUGGGUCUCUGCAGAGCGAAGACUGGACACUGAACAUGGAGAUCUGUGACAUUAUCAACGAGACAGAAGAAGGCCCCAAGGAUGCCAUUCGAGCGCUGAAGAAGAGGCUGAACGGAAACAAGAACUACAGAGAGGUCAUGCUGGCACUGACGGUGUUGGAGACCUGUGUGAAGAACUGCGGCCAUCGCUUCCAUGUCUUGGUGGCAAACCGUGACUUCAUCGAUGGUGUCCUGGUGAAAAUCAUCUCGCCCAAGAAUAACCCCCCCACUAUUGUCCAGGAUAAAGUAUUAGCCCUCAUUCAGGCCUGGGCUGAUGCCUUUCGAAGUAGCCCUGAUUUAACUGGAGUAGUGCAUAUUUAUGAAGAGCUCAAGAGGAAAGGCAUCGAGUUUCCCAUGGCAGAUCUUGAUGCUCUGUCUCCAAUACACACACCACAGAGGAGUGUCCCUGAAGUUGAUCCUGCAGCAAAUAUGCACAAUUCCCAGCCUCAGCAAAGGAUGAGCACCAGUUCUUACUCGUCAUCUUCUCCGACAGCGUAUUCUCCUCAGGCCCCAGCUUUGAAUGUGACUGGUCCCAUCACUGCUAAUUCUGAACAGAUUGCCCGGCUGCGCAGUGAGCUGGAUAUCGUCCGUGGGAACACAAAAGUGAUGUCUGAAAUGCUGACGGAAAUGGUACCUGGACAAGAGGAUUCCUCAGACCUUGAAUUACUCCAGGAACUGAACCGGACCUGCAGAGCAAUGCAGCAGAGAAUUGUGGAGCUUAUCUCACGAGUGUCCAAUGAAGAAGUCACAGAGGAGCUGCUGCAUGUGAAUGAUGAUUUAAAUAACGUUUUCCUCCGGUAUGAAAGAUUUGAGCGCUACAGAUCGGGACGUUCAACACAAAAUGCCAGCAAUGGAGUACUCAAUGAGGUGACAGAAGAUAACUUAAUAGAUCUGGGUCCUGGCUCUCCAGCUGUAGUCAGCCCAAUGGUUGGAAACUCAGCUCCCCCAUCUUCACUUUCUUCACAGCUUGCAGGGCUUGACUUGGGUACAAACAGCGUCAGCGGCACACUCAGCUCUCUCCAGCACUCGAAUCCCCGUGAUGACUUCGACAUGUUUGCACAGACAAGAGGCAGCUCCUUGGCUGAGCAGCGAAAGAACGUGACAUAUGAGGAUCCACAGGCUGUCAAAGGACUAGCGUCUGCCCUGGAUGUUCGAAAACAGAACACAGGAGGGAUCCCUGUUGCACAGUCCUCUGUCAUGGAUGACAUUGAGGAGUGGCUCAGUACCGACUUGAAAGGAAACGAGCCAGAAGAAGGAGUGACCAGUGAAGAGUUUGACAAGUUCCUAGAAGAACGAGCCAAAGCAGCAGAGAUGGUUCCCAACCUGCCCUCCCCUCCCCAGGAAACCCCUCCAACAAACCCUGCCAGCAGGAAAAAGCAGGAGCGCUCCGAGGAUGCCCUCUUUGCACUGUGAAGAUCGCUCUCUGCCACCCUCCCUCCCACCCCUGUGCUCUGCAGGCCAAUGGCUCCGUGCGGCCACUGUCCUCCCACGAUAACAACGACCUCCUUCCUCCUGAUUUCAUAGAUGGCUUCUCUUUCCCUCCCUUCCUUCUCCUCCCCAAACAACCCCCCCCCACGAGCUGACUCUUUCUAUUUAAGUCCAACACUAUUCCUGCCAGACCACGGUUCUCCAGCACUCGCUUAAUCCCCUCCUUCCUAUCCCAGCUGCACAAAACCAGCUCUUGAUGCUGAAAACCCCUUUAGAAUGCAUGAGUACGUCACACUGCGUUGAAACAAAAGCCCAGAGGGGAGAGAGCAGCCUUGCCCUUCAAUUUAUGGAGAGGGAUCAUCCUCUUCUGUAGGCAGGUCCUGCCAAGUCGGCUGCUCUGUCGAUCAGCUUGUCAUUGACUGAGCUGGAAUGUUCAGGAGGAGAGUGUCUUUAUUUUUAGAUGAAAUGGUAAUGGAUUGGCUUUCGUGUCGGAUCCGACAGCAAGGAACAACUGUUCCCCCUUUCAACAUGUGCUUCACAAGUGAAAAUCCUUUACUCUCCCACUCACACAUCCCUUGGUACCAUAUGGUGGUCGCUCUCCUCCACUUUGUAUGGUGCUUCGGAUUCUCAAUCUCACAGGGUGUAUUUUUGCCACCCCCCCCCUUGUGUUUUAUCUGGGCUUGCUCUAAUUUAAAAGCAGUCUGUUGGCCAUGCCCAGGAGCUCUGGCAGUGGGUGAGGAUGAGAAACCCAGCUAAAGGGAUGCUGGAAGGUCAGUGCAUGAAGCAGUUUGCUCUUUGGGAGAGCAUUCUCACAGGAGCGCUUUUCCCUACUGUGUUUUCCUUUUGGAAUAGCCAGGUUGGGUUUUUCCUUACCUUAGAUUGCUCCUUCAGUGACUGUAGGACUGUCUCAGCUGCUGUAAAUAACAUCUCUGCAGAUGGAGGAGACGUGUUCAUGGACUGGGUGUGAACUGAGAGAGGUUCCUGGAUUCCCUGCCAUGCCUGCUAGGAUAGACAUGCUGGGUCUUGGUGGUAGGUACGAGACAAAGAGACAAACCUCAUAGAAGCUUGAGGGAGAUGGUUACCAUGGAGGGAUUGCCUGUGCCUGCCUGUGCUGGAGGUGAAACUCCUCAUCUCCUUCUAGGUUUGGGCCUGAGAAGGUGUUGGAUGGUUGUGGCCGUGCUGCUUGUAUUGGAAUGUCUUUUGAUACCUCUGCUCCUUUAGUAACUCCCAGCUCCUGUGGGGCUGCAGUCUCCUUCCUCCUUGUGCAAACAACCUUAUUAUUCCCUUGCUUUGCCAGAGGCAUGGCUGAGAGUGCAGCUCUUCCCAGCGCUGCCAGAAGGGAUUCCAGCCUGUGUGUGACAGGCAGAGCUGGAGCAAGCAGCUCCAGCCAUCACUGUGUCCCCCAGCAUGUUCCUUGGUAGGAAGCCAGUGGUGCAGGAUGGCAGGAUCAAAGGGACAGCUGAGCACGGCAUGGCAGGGAGAGGCACUUUAUCAGAUGAACACUUGUGCAGGCAGCAGAGCUCCAGCCUCCUCUUCCUCAGGACACUGUGGGCAACCAGCUGCUGUGUCCGGGCUCAGCAUGUCCUGGGAUGCUGAUGUGUGCUGGGCUCUCUCGGAAGCUGUUCUGCACCAAGUUGUGCUAUAGAGAGCUGAGGUGAACGUGAGAGAAGCUUUUAUCAGAGCAUAGUUAUUUCAGCUCCCAUUCUCCAGGGUACAGCAUGCCCUGGUGGGCUGUGACACAGAAAACCUCUUACCCAAGGGCCUGGCUGCAGCACUGAUGAUCUUUGAGAGGUCACAUUAACCUUUGGUGGGAAGUGUUUGGUGCAGGAUUCCCAGGUUGUCCCAGGUCAGGUGUCGCUCCCUGCUGUCCCUGCUUGUCUCUCCUCCCUCCUGCCCUGCCUGCAUCCUCUUCCAGCCACCCCCAGCCCUAACCUGGCACCUCCCCACUGCUCCAUAGCUGCUUGUGCAGAACGUAGCAUGGCUUGCAAGUGGAUGGGGGGAAAAUCGGCAUGAGGAUGGAGACAGCUUAGGGACCAAGCUGCCUCUUCUCCCCCCUUGCUGGCCCUCUCCCUUCCAUGUUUCUCUCUGCUUCAUCUCCAUGGCUAAUGGGAAGCACCAGGACUGUCUGCCUGGCUGUCACCUAUGCGCUGCCAUGGAGCUGCCCUCGCUGUGUAACACAAGCUGAGCCCAAUGCUCAGACACUGGCUGCCAGCUCCUGCCUUGCUGUGACACGUCAGAUGUGGCCACAAGCUUCUGAUCUGAUUUCAGGCUGUGUCUGCUGAUUGCCUGAGCUCUGUUACCAGCACAGGAUGACUUGGUGCCGUUCCUGUCGGCACAGAAAGCUCUGUGGGCGUUUUAAGUGCGUAUUUUCCCUUCUAAAUCCUUGAAACACAUUGACCCUGUAAAUGGCCACAUCAGGUGAUUCUAAGCAUGUUAAUCCAGCUUCCCUGCCAAGCUGGAGGAGAUAAUCGCAUUGCUCAAGCUUGGGGACAUUGUCAGAUGAUGCUGAGUGGCAAGGAUGUCACCGAGCCCCCUGCAGAGCCCCACAGCUGCGGAUUUGCUGGCCCUGCUGCCCCCACCCCUAAGCAGAAAGGGAUGGGGAGGUGUGUGCUGUUAAUGCUGGCUGUUAAUGCUUGCUGUCACACUGAACCUGAACUGGGACUUGAGGUUCUUGGUUUAGAGGGAAUCUGGUCCCUUUUGGAGCUGUCAGGGGCUGCUCCCUCCCAUUGGGGUGGAAAAGAGGUGAACUAAGAAGAGGGGCUGAGGGGACAUGGGGAGCGUGUGUUGGUCCCCACUGACGCCCUGCAUUAUCCAUAGGGAAACAGGGCCCCAUUUGCAGGGGGUGGUGGGACAAGCAGUGGCUUUGCUGGAAGUGGGGCAGCCCUCAGGAGAUGCUUUCCAUGGGAGCUGUGUGCUCAGCCUUGGGGCAAUGGCUGAAGGUCCUUUUGGUGAUGCCCUUAUGGGUCUGGUACAUUUGGAGCCUGGAUCCACCAGACCUGGCACCCAGGGCUGGAAGGGGCUGGAGUGUGCAGCAGGAUGGAUAGCUGAGCCCAAACCUUAAUAGAGCUUCCCUAAUGUCCUGUAUCAGGAUCUCCCUUCUUCCCCAUCCUCUUGUGGUCUAUGGAUAACCUGAGCGCUGGAAACCAUGUGAGGAAAAGGGAAGGGGGUUUUCACUUCAGAGACCAAGCUCCUGAUUCCUUCUUCCUUUUGCUUUCGCUCCAAGCACUUCCUCUGUGCGAGUGGGCAGGGGACUCGUGUGGCUCCGAUGCUUAUGAGAAGAGGGAUGGAGCCACAGCCUGAUCCACUUCCCAUAAGCGAGAACAUCCCUGCGCUUUCUAGGCACGUUAGGAAUCACAGCUUGAUGCUCAAUGACACUAAAUUAUUAUCAGGGUCCUUUGUAAGUUCUAAUCCUCUUUUCUUCUAGCUCCAUGUAUUUAUUUUUGUCAAUAUAUAUUCUUUUUCCAGGGUGUUUUUUAACCUCUUCCGUUAACCCUUCAUGUGCUGAGAUGUAAGAAAUCAAUGGUUCCUAUUUAAAUGCAUCCUUUGGGGCGGGUUUUUAAUUGUUAUGUGUAGAUUUCAGCUGCCUCCUUGGCAGGUGUAAUAGAUAACCCUGUGCUGUACAGAUGUUUAGGGUGUUUAGCGUGUAGGUAAGGCUCAUAGGAGAACUGCUCAUAACAACGUAGCUCGGUGUCUCUUAAAGGGAACAGCAUCAAUGCAGAGACUGGUCCUUAACUGGGACCCUCUGGUAGCCUCCAACAUACCUUUCCCCUUCGGAUGAUCCCAACCUCCAUGUCUGAAGCACGCUGAUGGAGUCAGCUCUGCCAUUUCCACACCUCCAGGCUGCAGAAGGGUUUUAAUGGGGGUUUCCAUUCGUUUGCCUUCUCUUGCAUGGGAUACAAAUGGUUGUUCCCACUUUUAAAUGGAGGACUCGGCAGAGCUGCCUGCGGUGGCGAGAUGUUUCCCUCCAGUGGUGGAAGAACAGAUCCAGACCCGAGGCGGGGGUGAUGGGCCCCAUAAGCAAGCGGUGAUGGAGGUGGGCCCCAGCCAACAGAGCCUGUUCCUGCUCCUCUGUAUUCACUGCUUUCCCCUAUGAGGACAGGACAUGCAGACUGGGAGAGCAAACAGCAGCAAUCCCACCAGUCUUGUUCAUGGGGUGAGUUGUGGGACUGCAGUGCUGGUGCUAUCUGCAUCCAGCUCAGUCACUGUUUACCUCCUCAGCACUAACCACAAGCCUUGAGGAGCCCACCCUGGAAAAACCCAGCUCAGGACAGUUGUUUUGAUGGAAAUAAUGAAGCAGGCAAACAGUGAGUGGAGGUAGAGCUGCCUUGGAGGUCACCCUGCAGCUGCUAUGGGGGCACCCAGACAGCAGCACAGCAGAGGAGGUAGGAACACCACUUCCCAAGCACCCAGAGGUGAUGCUGGUACCCAUCCGCUCAUCCCACCGCAUCCCUCCAUGCACUGGUAGCAGGUUGCUGCUCCAUCAGUGGUGCUGGUUCUCUUUAGCCCAUGGCAAACCCUACAGCCAACUGCCCACCCUGCUCUUGUGUUUUUAUGAGUACAAGCUCCUCAUCCUGUCCAUGGUAUCAUGAGCUGUUGUUACCCCUCCAGAUGUAACCUGUGUCAUAGCUGCUCUGUAUAUUACAGCUGUAGGCUUUCCAGAUAAAAGUGGAUAUUUAUUUACUGAAGAUACUGGAUAUUUUUGUUUGGGAAUGGGAUAGGGGAGGGGAAAAACUGUUCCAAGAGAUUGCAAAGGGAAACAAAAGACAAACCCAACACUAAAACGUUGCUGUAUUCACGUAGCAAGUGUUGCCGUUAAGGACAAUACAACUGUAUUAAUCUGCCGUUGUUUAACUUGCUCCAGAAAUCAUCUCUACUUUGGUUCCUGCAUGUGAGCUACUCCAAUAAAUACACUACUGGUGUGACUGGGA